UUAUUGGAAAUGAAAUGGCAUUUGAUGAAUAUAUAUUUGAUCUUGUUCUAUCAUACGCUGCCAUUUUAAGAUGAGUCGAAAGCAAACUACAGCGCUUUAAUGAAACUCUUUUAAUAAUAACUGGAAAAAAAUAGGACUGGUAUUAUAUGAGGAUUUGUUGAUGGAUUAGCGAAGAGUUCAGGAAAACGUUAAUACUUUUGAAAUCAUGUUUUGAAAAAAAACUUUUCUAAAACUCUAAAACAUUCAGGAAAAUUAAACAUUUUGUGAUAACUGUUUAUAUACUAAAAUCAUUUUAAAGAUGACUUCAGCACUCUAUAUCUCACCUUUGGCCCUGUUUGUGAUCACAUUGUGUAUAACAUUUGACACAUGUAGAGGUGGACUGAAAAAUCAGAGGAACUUUGCUCACGUGUACGGAAAACGAGCGUCUAGUGACGCUUAUAAUGUUGGACUUGGAGGACAGAAAGUACCGAAAUUCCCAGGAUAUGCAGGGGAGUUUCCAGUUGAUUAUGAACCUUCGGAUGACAAUUAUCUAAUACGACGAGAAGAUGCAAAGGUUAAUGCUAAGGCGAACGUCGGUCACAUGUUUGGCAGAGAACUUUAUGAUAACUAUCCCGCUUACAGUGAAAAUGAAAUGUAUAAUAUUCCCGAAUUAGAAGACGAAAACAUCGUUGAAGUACCAAAUGUAAGAGCCGAUGAAAUGAUUCGUAUUCCACUUAGCCCGGAUGAUGAGCUUCGCGGACGUGCCGUACAACGAGAAAGACUUCUUCUCAGAAAUAUACUGAAAGCUUCAACAGCAGCGAAGAUGGAGGCGUUGGCAUAUCUGGACAAUGUAAUAAAUGAUAGACGCAGCAAAGCAUGAAUGUCUUUUGCCUGUCAGAACCAAUUUAUAAUCUGAUACACGAGGCAAUUACUUGAGAACUGAUAUCUUUUUUUUUUUUUUGUUUGAAGUGCUUGAUAAUGACUUAUUCGUUACUUGUCAACAUAUUUACUUUAUUUAAAAAAUACUUUACUAUCUAGCUUUUAUUUUGUGGUUUAUUUUGUAACGAAAUAAAGUAUUUCCAAAAACUUACUAAAAUUAAAUUGAGAAAUGUGUAUAAAAAUUGUUUAUUUUUGCGAUGAUGGCGAAUUUUUCAUGUCAGAUAUUGAUUUAUUCCAAGAUUCACAAAAGUGAUGUUUUUAUACUUAGAUAGAUUCUAAUGCCAGUAAAGGUUUCAAUGAAGCGUUUCUUACUUAUAAUUAUAAGGCAUUGAUUUGAUAUACUACAUAACGGUCGUUUACUGAUUUAGUUUACAAGAUCAUAAGAUAGGAAAUACUGUUUAUAAAUGUCUCUAGUCUGAUUUCAAAUUAAAAAUGGUAGAGAUUGA